UCCCGUCUGCUGCAGUGCAACCUGACUGGAAACUGGACAAACGACCUGGGCUCCAACAUGACCAUCUCAGAUGUGAAUGAAAAAGGCAACUUCAUUGGCUUGUACAACACAUCUGUGGCAGACCACCCGAAUAAGAUCCAGCAGUCACCACUGGUGGGCUUCCAGCACCUCAAAAACCCAAUAGACCAGCCCGUCUUUGGCUUCACUGUCAACUGGACUUUUUCAGACUCCAUCACCAUUUUCACGGGACAAUGCUUUGUGGACAAGGAUGGAAAUGAGACUUUGAAGACCAUGUGGCUUCUGCGGUCACAUGCUGACAACACUAAAAAUAACUGGAACGCCACCAG